AUGAUAUGCAGCAGGCUAUCGGAGGUUCUUCCUCAUUUGAUAAGUCAAAAUCAAGGUGCUUUUGUUAGAGGGAGAUCGGUAGCUCAUAAUAUUCUCAUAUUUCAAGACUUGAUCAAGAACUAUAAUAGGAAGAACUCUUCUCCUAGAUGUGCUCUGAAGAUAGAUCUGAGCAAGGCCUAUGAUACAGUUGACUGGUGCUUCCUUGAGAGAUUACUCAUUGGGUAUCAUUUUCCCAUCCGAUUCGUUCAAUGGGUGAUGGUCUGUCUGCGAGGUACUUCUUAUGUUCUAAUGAUGAAUGGUAGAUUGCAGGGAGGUUUUAAGGGAGUUAAAGGCCUUCGUCAGGGGGACCCUAUUUCUCCUUUACUUUUUGUUUUGAUAAUGGAAUAUCUCACUAGGUUGCUUCAGUUGGGUGCUCAUCAACAACAAGAGUUUCGUUAUCACCCUUUGUGUAAAGGCCUCAAGAUUAUUAAUCUGUGUUUUGCUGACAACUUAGUUGUUUUCUGCAAAGCUAAUUGUGGCUCGGUUCAAAUGCUUAAGCAGGUGUUUGAGGAGUUUUGCAACAGCACUGGUUUGAGGGCUAAUUCUAGUAAGUCCCAUGUGUUUUUUGGAGGGGUUUCGGUGGCAGAUAGGAACCAGCUUCUGAAGUUAGUGCAGCUGGAAGAGGGAACCUUCCCUCUUAAGUAUCUGGGGGUUCCAAUGCGUCCAACUAAAUGGAGAAUGGCUGACUGUGAUGAAAUUCUUAAAAAGAUCAGCAUUGUUAAAGAAGUUGAUAAGCUGUGCAUGUGGUUUCUUUGGGGCAAUAAUGGUACUAGAAGCAAAUUCCACCUCACUUCUUGGACCUCAGUCUGUUUGUCGAAAGGGUUUGGGGGGUUGGGUUUCGGUGAGGGAUCUAAGUGGAACAAAGCUAUGCUAGCCAAGUAUGUCUGGGAGAUCAGUAACAAGCCUGAUACGCUUUGGGAUCCGAUUAACUACCAUAAGUUUGUCUGGAAGAGAACUAGCAUGCCAAAACACAGAUUUAUCACUUGGCAAGCGGUGAAUGGCAGGUUGUUAACUCAUGAUCAUUUGAACAGAGUGCUUGGCCAGCUUGAGAGCACUCUCUGCCCAGUUUGUGAGAUUGAUGCAGAAAACCAUGAGCAUCUUUUCUUUGGUUGCAAAUUUUCUCAGAAGGUUACCCGGCUGGUGCACAGAUGGCUGGAUUGCAUUUGGCCUUUGAGUUUCAGUGAUUGGUCUCAGUGGAUUGGGAAUAUGAGAAGAGAUGUUAUAGCUAUGAUUGUGGCAGCUGCCUUCUCAGCAACAGUGUAUUAUAUUUGGUUUAACAGGAAUUCUUGUUAUGUUAAUCAUUGUUCUUCUAGUGUUGAGUGUAUAGUUGAUAGGAUAAAGAAAGACAUUAGUUACAGAUGUAAUUUCUUUUCUCAAAGGAAACUAACAGGCAAAGAGUUGGUCUUUGUGAGGAAUAUUUCUUCUGUUUAA